GUAUUAACUAAUGAUGAGACCUUAUUACUGAACUGGACUGUGGAAGUUCAUUGGCGCCGGCUGUGACUGUCUUCGUCUUCGUCUUCUCUCUUUUGAUUUGCGUAAACCCUAGCUCUCAAGCUUAUUGCUUUUCGAAUUACAGAGAGGCCAUUGUUAUCUACUCCAUCAUCACUUGCUAUCAGUUCUAAUGACUACUUCUUCAGAUAUAUGAAGUAAAAAAUUCACUCUAGACCUGGAUGGUAUCAGCUGGAUGUGCAUACAUGAAAACACUCCUAAGAAAUUAUGGAAUAGCACAUCGUUUCGAUUUCAAGUUUGGUAAGAUUUACAAUUUUUCACAUAAGUGCUCAUUUUCAUCAAAUGGGAAUUUUUCGGAGUCGGAGGGGAAAGUUAUUUCCUUUGUGGAUGGUGGUAGUAUCCCUGAAAGCCCAUUGAAUGCUGAGUGUACAAGACAGGUAGUUGAUGAAACAUGCCAUAUAUUGGAGAGCAGUCCUUGGGGACCUUCCAUUGAGAAUUCUCUGUUGGCACGUUUUGGGAAACCUCAACCAGAAUCAGUCAUUCGAGUGUUGAGGAGGCUGAAGGAUGUUAAUCUAGCUGUAAAUUAUUUUCGGUGGUCUGAGAGACAAAUUGACCAGGCACAUUGUCCAGAAGCAUAUAAUUCACUAAUUACGGUCAUGGCUAGGAGUAGAAAUUUCAUUUGGUUAGAUCAAAUUUUGGAAGAAAUGAGUGUAGCAGGAAUUGGUCCAUCUAAUUAUACUACUGUUGAGUUAGUUGUGAGCUGUAUCAAGUCACAGAAACUAAGAGAAGCUUUUGAUCUAAUUCAAACCAUGAGGAGGUUUAAAUUCCGCCCAGCAUUCUCGGCUUACACUAAUCUUAUUGGAGCACUAUCUACAGUUCAUGAAGCUGAUCUCAUGCUCACUCUCUUUCAUCAAAUGCAGGAGCUAGGUUAUGAAGUAAGUGUGCACUUAUUUACAACUGUCAUUCGUGUGUUUGCUAAGGAGGGAAGAGUUGAUGCUGCACUCUCUUUGUUGGAUGAGAUGAAGAGCAACUCGCUUAAUGCUGAUAUUGUUCUUUAUAAUGUAUGUAUAGAUUGUUUUGGUAAAGUUGGUAAAGUGGAUAUGGCCUGGAAAUUUUUUCAUGAAAUGAAAGCGAAUGGUUUGAGGCCUGAUGAUGUUACUUAUACUAGCAUGAUAGGAGUUCUUUGCAAGGCUGACAAAUUGGAAGAAGCAGUUCAGUUAUUUGAACAGAUGGAUCUUAAUAGGACAGUACCAUGCGCAUAUGCUUAUAACACCAUGAUUAUGGGCUAUAGUUCAGCAGGAAAAUUUGAUCAAGCAUACAGCCUACUUGAGAGGCAAAAAACAAAGGGAUGCAUUCCAAGUGUGAUUGCAUAUAAUUGUAUUCUUACAUGUCUUGGGAGAAAAGGGAAAGUGGAUGAAGCGUUGAGGAUUUUUGAGGAAAUGAAGAAAGAUGCAGUACCCAAUCUUCCAACAUAUAAUAUUCUGAUAGACUUGCUUUGCAGGGAAGGAAAGCUUGAGGCUGCUUUGAAGGUUCAGGAUGCCAUGAAAGAAGCUGGCCUGUAUCCUAAUGUUAUGACUAUAAACAUAAUGAUUGAUCGACUUUGCAAAGCUCAAAAACUCGAUGCAGCUUGUUCUAUAUUUGAAGAAAUGGAUUACAAAGUUUGCACCCCAAAUGAGUUUACAUUUUGCUCUCUUAUAGAUGGCCUGGGCAAACAAGGAAGAGUAGAUGAUGCCUAUAAGCUUUAUGAAAAGAUGUUGGAUACUGAUAAGAUUCCAACUGCUAUUAUUUAUACAUCUCUCAUUAGGAAUUUUUUUCGGUGUGGCAGGAAGGAGGAUGGUCACAAGAUAUACAAAGAAAUGGUGCAGCGGGGCUGUCCUCCUGAUUUGAUGCUUCUUAAUACCUAUAUGGAUUGCAUUUUCAAAGCUGGUGAAACUGAGAAAGGUAGAGCUUUGUUUAAGGAGAUUAAAGCUCAAGGAUUCAAUCCCGAUGUGCGGAGCUUCUCAAUCCUAAUCCAUGGUCUUAUAAAGGCUGGAUUUGCACAUGAAACUUAUGAGCUGUUUUAUGCAAUGAAGGAGCAAGGCUGUGUUUUGGACACCCGAGCAUACAACACUGUUAUUGAUGGAUUCUGCAAAUCAGGAAAGGUAAACAAAGCGUACCAGUUGCUGGAGGAAAUGAAGACGAAGGGUCACCAUCCCACUGUUGUUACCUAUGGCUCGGUCGUUGAUGGUCUUGCCAAGAUUGAUAGGCUUGAUGAAGCUUAUAUGCUUUUUGAAGAAGCUAAAUCAAAGGGUAUAGAGUUGAAUUUAGUUAUCUACAGUAGUCUUAUCGACGGAUUUGGUAAGGUGGGUAGAGUUGAUGAAGCCUAUCUUAUAAUGGAAGAAUUAAUGCAGAAAGGAUUGACUCCCAAUGUUUACACAUGGAAUUGCUUGCUUGAUGCCCUCGUGAAAGCCGAAGAAAUUGAUGAAGCCCUUGUUUGCUUUCAGUCCAUGAAAGACUUGAACUGUGCUCCCAACCAAAUAACUUAUAGCAUUCUCAUAAAUGGAUUUUGCAGAGUUAGAAAAUUUACCAAGGCUUUUGUGUAUUGGCAAGAGAUGCAAAAACUUGGGUUGAAGCCCAACACAAUCACCUACACCACCAUGAUCUCUGGACUUGCAAAGGCCGGGAACAUAGCAGAAGCUAACAGACUGUUUGAAAGGUUAAAAGCUAGUGGUGGAAUGCCUGAUUCUGCUAGCUAUAAUGCUAUGAUAGAAGGGCUAAGCAGUGCAAAUCAAGCAAUGGAUGCAUAUAUGCUAUUCGAAGAAACUCGGUUGAAAGGUUUUAAAAUCCAUAGCAAGACUUGUGUUGUCCUCUUAGAUUCAUUGCACAAGGCUGAAUGUCUCGAGCAGGCGGCGAUUGUGGGUGCUGUCUUGAAGGAAACCGCAAAGUCUCAGCAUGCUUCAAGGACAUGGUAACACUGUCCUCUUACUCAAUGGGGACAUUUGCAUUAAAUGCUUAUAGAAAAAAAAAGUGGAAUAAACUUUUCUGUGUGGUGGGCAUUUUGUUGGGAGAGAUAGUAGAGGAAGAAAAGAAAUUGAGUUUUUUUGGCCUUGGAAUAACAGAUUUUUGUAAAAGUGGUAGUUUGUAGUAUAUACUAAAUAUAUUACCCAUUCUUUUGCAGUUUUCCCUUUCUUUCACAAUUAAUGACAAUCAACAAUUGAUUUCUUCAG